AGCGGAAAAACGAACAGAGUGGCAGCUCCCUCCUCUCCGCCCGCCAGCGUAGGUAGCACGUAGAUGAGGUGCAUGCGUUUGGAGCAGAACGGGACACCUUUAUCUCCUCCGAAUCAGAUGUUGACCUGGCCGCGGCGGCUGGACGGUUACGGGACUAAGAAUUUAGCGAUCGAGCAAGUGCAGCGAGUUUCCUUUCGGCCGCGAAGCAUCUCGAGUGGCUCAACGAGGUCGCCCGUCUGUCGUCGUUGUCUGCGCCGCAUUCAAAACUUCCGCCGUCUGCAGAGACAGCAGGUGUCGGGAUGAACAGGUCCAAGGCCAGCCGGGAUAAAAAAGCCCCCCAGUCUCCGGUCACCAGGAUGACCCGCGGGUCCAGCUCCCAGGCCAGGCCCACGGACCCGGCAGAGGCCCAGGACGACGGGCCCGGUCCCCAUGCGAAGCAGCGAAGGAAGCAGACACACUCUGCUUUGGCCCAGGACCUCAGUCAGAUGAGUGUGAGCAGACUGGACUGUUUGCCUACGAGUGACGGAGACGUGUGCAGGAGUGGCGGUCACUCCUCCGGGUCGGGAUCUGGACGCAGCAGUCGGUCCGCGCCGGCGGCCAAGUCCUCGUCCCUCGGUGGUCUGGCCUCGGUCGCUCGGCUGGUGAAGCUCGGCCGCUGCAGGAACGUGGUGGUGGUGGCCGGAGCGGGAAUCAGCACAGCUAGCGGCAUCCCUGACUUUAGAACCCCGGGAACGGGCCUUUACGCCAACUUGGAGAAGUACAACAUCCCUUACCCGGAAGCCAUUUUCAACAUUGAUUACUUCUCCAACGACCCGCAGCCUUUCUUCUCCCUGGCCAAGGCGCUCUAUCCCGGGAGCCACAGACCGAACUACAUACACUACUUUGUCCGCAUGCUUCACAACAAAGGGCUGCUUCUGCGGAUGUACACCCAGAACAUCGACGGGCUGGAGAAACUCUGCGGCCUCCCGGAGGACAAACUGGUGGAAGCUCACGGUAGUUUCGCCACAGCCGCCUGCCACCUGUGCUACACGGCGUUCCCUGCCGACGAGGCCAAGCGGGCCAUAAUGAACGACAACGUCCCCAUAUGUACAUUCUGCGCUGCAACAGUCAAACCUGACGUUGUGUUUUUCGGAGAGGACCUCCCUCAAAAGUAUUUCCUCCACACUAAAGACUUCCCCAAAGCGGACCUGCUAAUGAUUAUGGGCACCUCUUUACAGAUAGAGCCAUUUGCGAGCCUGGUGAACACGGUGCGCUCCACUGUGCCGCGUCUCCUCCUGAACCGACACGCCGUGGGUCCCUUCCAGAAGGUCCCGCUGCGGAGAGGAGACCACAUGGAGCUCGGCGACCUGGAGGACACGGUGCGCAGGUUUACUACGAUGCUUGGCUGGAACGAGGAGAUUGAGCAGCUGAUGAGGACUCAGGAAACACCGAUCAUCCCUCCGCUCGGUGGCAGCUUGUCGGUGAGCGGACAGACAUCUUCUCCGAGCAGAGGAGCUCCAGAGCCUCCAGGUGCAAUGGAAACAUCCAAAUCCAGAGCAGGAGGUCAAAGGGCGGCCAUCAUCAACAGCGGCGGCGAGGAGGAGACGGACUCGGAGACGGACAGCAAAAGCUCUGUGUCGUCCUGCCAGAGCAAUUAACGGUGCGCGCUGCACGAACGUUGGCACUGGAGCGGUUUAAGACAGUUUUUACUCUCCUUCAUCUUCGUUUCAUAAUUAAAGCACUUUUUAUAGAGGAGAACAGAACACUCGUAAAUAUAUAUGAUGUAACAAAUCCUGAUGUUUAAGCCUUAUCUCAUUAAACUUGUUAAUGUUUUAUAUGUAUUUUAAACAAUAUUAAAUAAGUUGUGUGUAUGAAACCUUUUUCCUUGUAUUAUAAAGUCUAUUAAACACAGUGGAAGCCUCAUU